AUGGCGUGCUGGCCGUACCGCUGGAUCGUCGUGUCCCAUGUCUGCAGACGGUGGCGCGCCGCCGCUCUUCAAUGCCCCCGACUGUGGCGCCGCAUCUCAGCGACCUUGAACGUGGACUGGACUGCCGAGCUGCUGCGGCGAUCUGGUGUUGUUCCACUCGAAGUCGCGCUGGACAUAUCCUUUCCUCUAGGGCGUGGUGAUAGGGGGAAGUCCUGCGAGUUGAUACUCACACAAUUACCUCGUAUCCGCACGCUGCGGCUGUCCGCCUCCAAACCUCUGAGUGCACGCAUCAUUCAGCUGCUCAGCGGGACUGCGCCGAUGCUCAAAAACUUGUCGAUCAGCCUGCCGUGGACCAUCGAUCUUGCGCGGCCAGAGGACGACGAAUCUGCGCCCUUCGCCGCCCUCAUUCGUCGUGAGCGCGCUCCGCGCCUUGUGAGCCUCAACAUCUACGAGGUCGGAAUGCACAUCCAAGGAUCCUGCUCUGCGACAUUGAAACACAUUUUCAUUCAACUCACUGCCGACUCCGUCAUCAGACCGUAUGCCCCCGUUUUUCUGGACGCGUUACGCGCAAUGCCCUCGCUCGAGACGAUCACGUUCAAACGAUGCCUAUUGUCUCAGAGGCAGCACAUCCUACCGCCCCACUCGCACUUGCGUGCUGUCGAGCUGCCUCGCCUCAAAUCGAUCAACCUCACGACCGACGCCUUAGAGUGCAUCAUGCUGCUCAACGAGAUGGCGCUACCCCGUUUGACCCAUCUCGCUGUGUUGAGUGCCAACACCUGUCGCCACGGGACGGAGCUCGCCCUCACGCUUGCCGAGAAGAUUUGCACUAUCGGAUACCUCUCUACGCUGUAUAUCAGCAGAUACCCCCAGUUCGUGCGCGUUGGGAGUGGCCCUCGAACGACUGUCAAUAUCUUGAGUCGAAGACGGGCAUGCAACCAUUGA